GAUCGGGAAAAGCGUAGUUUUAGCGGAAAGUAGCUUCGACUCACACGAAAAAAGCGUAGACGACGGCGUUAAUUUCUCCGGUAAUCAUGGAAACAGAGGGGGGAAAUCAACAGGAUCAGGGAAGCGAAGACCUUGAGCUGCUUUGGUGUAUCGACUGCGAGAAGUGCCACGGUCCAGAAUGUCCCCUCCAGCAAGGCAGCGCACCCAUCCUGAUCAGCGACACCCCAACUAUCUCCCGUGCCGUCGCUUCGCUACCGGGGAUCUUGGAUCUUCGCACCAUUAGCGGCACGAGGCAGGUCAUUGCCAACGACAGCAUAGCCCGGAAGACAGUGUUUGGUCCACUAGAGGCCCUGGAGACUAGCUGCGAUGGGCAAGACGAGGGAUUUGUCCUGAAGGUUUUCAAGAAAGAUGGUGCUGUGGUCAAGCUGGACACAUCGGACGAGCAGCGGUGCAACUGGAUGACCCUUGUCACCGCGGCCACCACCACAGCCAACCAGAAUCUGAUCGUCUACCCGUUCCAGGGUGCCCUGUACUUCACUGUCAUCAAGGACAUACGAACUGGGGAGGUCUUGCGAGUCUGGUAUGCCCCCAACUAUGCCGCCAAGCUGGGACAGCCGCUACUGAAUGAUACAUGUACUUCAAAACCUUUGGAUGAGACUCCAACAGCAGGUGCAUCAUCUGCUGAAGACACCGGUGUGAAUGCACUCUCUGAUAUCAGCACAACCUUGUCCUCCACUGAUGCAUCAACACUCGUCAGCAAAUCAGCAAUAGCAUCUGCAGGGGCGGAGGAUACGUCCAUUUCAACACCCUGGAGAGCCCAGCGUAGGAUAGUCACGCGAUCAAACGCCCGGGCCCAGUUGGCAUCAGGCUCUUCCAGGAGGCGACAGAACCGAGCCAAAAAGAGGGGUCCCGUCUCAAAGAAGCCAAAAGCAAGUCGUCCUUCCAAAUCCAAAUCCGUGAAGGAUGUGGACGCUGCAGGAAAUGAUGAUGAAGAUGAUGAAGAAUUUGAUGAAGCUGAUGAAGAAAGCGAAGAAGAAGAAAUGGUACCGUUUACAACUCUCUCCAUGAGGGGUCGACCAGUCAAGCGCAAGUAUGUAGUCAGUACAUUGUUAGGUAAGGGCAAGAAGGCAAAGAUGAUCACAACGAGUAGAGUGCAGUCUCAGUCCAGUGGCGACAUCACCGGUGAGAAACAAGCCCGCAAGGUGGUGAAGAAACACUCAAGAAAUACUACCAGCUGGCGCCGAAGCGCAAAGCAGCAGGAGCAUCCAAGCCAGCCAGGCAGACGGACAGCAUCGUCGCCAAACCUCCCAAGAGAAUCCGGAAGAAUUCUCACCUGCCUGAGAAAGAGUACAGACAAAUCGAGGAACGCAUCUGGGAUGAGAGCCAGCGGUCCUGCUACAGUUGCUCGCAGGUGUUUGAUGACAGCACCCAGGUGGGAACACCUGCUGAGCGAGCACCAGCAGGAGCCCAUCCCCUGCCCUGACUGCAAGAAGUUUGUCCUCACCAGCGAACAGCUCGCGGAGCACACCGCUGCCAUCCACCGGGAACCCCCAGAUGCCUCCGUCGACGACGCGCCCACCUACAAGUGCCCCCUCUGCGACAAGCAGUUGCUGCACCGCCGCACCUUCCACAACCACCUUGAGUUCGUCCACAGCAAGACCUUUCGCUGUGACACCUGCGGCGGGCAGUUCUGGAACCGCUCCAAGUUCCUGCAGCACGUUGGGGAGCACCGGCUGCAGGGCGAGAACGUGAAUGCCGAGGAGAUGUACACCUGUGACAAGUGCAAGCGGGAGUUCACCUGCCUGUCAGGCCUGAGCAUUCACAAGGCCUUCGCACACAAGGAGAAGUCCUUCUCCUGCUCCCACUGCGACUACACCACGCGCUACGAGCUCACUCUGCAGGAGCACAUCCUGUUCAGCCACCCGGAGAACGACCUGGGCAUCCCGGAGUCGCAGAAGCUCCGCUGUGAGGUCUGCGAUGCCGUCUUCCUUCGGACUCGGACCCUCAAGCACCACAUGAUGAACCACAAGAAGCGGGAAUUCAAGUGCAACAAGUGCGACGCUGUCUACCGCCGCAAGGAGACGCUGCUCCAUCACAACUGCCUGACGGCGCGCCGCCGCACCGUGGCCCUGGACGUCGUGGACCUCACCGAGCCGACAGCGGGCACCUGCAACAUGUUCGAGUGCCAGCAGUGCAACAAGAUGUUUGCCAACCAGGCCAGCCUGAAGCACCACGCCAAGACGCACCAGGACAAGAACUACACCUGCAGCGUCUGCAACAAGGAGUUCCACAAGCGCUUCAACUUUGACCUGCACAAGUACCAACAUCUCCGCGUGGCCACCAGUGAGGAUGGCAGCCGGGAGCUGAUCCAGGUCGGAGAGGAAUCAGUGGAGAAGCAUAACUGCCACCUGUGUGAAGUUCACUUCACCAAGAUGAACCCACUUAUUCAGCAUCUCCAGAGCUACCACAGUUCGGCCAUUCCAGAAGUUUACGUCUGCACACCCUGCCAGAGGUUGUUCCUGAGCCGGGAGGAGCUCUCUGCCCACGUGGCCAACCACACCCGCAUCACCCUGCCCAAGGGCGUGACCCUGGACUCCCUCCACAGCUGCCCCAUCUGCGGGCGGGUCUUCAAGGCGGCUGGGAGCCUAACAUCGCAUAUGAGCCUGCACACGGGCGACAAGAACCACAUCUGCGAGGUGUGCGGGAAGACGUUCCGUCGGGCCGACUCACUGAAGUCACACCGCUUAGCUCGGCACGACACCAACAGCAAGAUGUACAAAUGCAAUAUUUGCGACAAGUCCUUCAAGUCUAACUGCCUGCGGGGUCACAUUCAGUUCCACACGGGCCAACGCGACUACCAGUGCCCACACUGUAACCGCACUUUCAGUCAACGGGGUAACUUCAACAGGCACGUUGUCCUGCAUGGCAAAAAAAAACAGUACAAGUGCCCCAACUGUGACCGGGUCUUCAAGCACGAGGAGUAUCUGGAACGUCACCAGCUGGUCCACGGGAGUUACGACUUCGUCUGCACCACCUGCGGGGGGAAGUUCUCCACCCAGCACUUCUUGACCAAUCACAUCCGCAAGGUCCACGAAGCUGAGGAGGCGUGCCAGUGCGAGUACUGCGGCAUGAAGUUCAAGUACCUGCAGUCCUACCGUAGCCACAUGCACCGCAAGCACCCAGAGGUCAACCGCAGUAACUACCGACCAGUCACUGAGUACUCCGCCGACGUCCAGACUUUGGAGGGCAUCGUGUCCUCGCUGAUCACGGUGAGCGAGGACACUGGGGAGGAGGGGACAACCACAGAAGUCCAGCAGAUGCAGGAGUGAGGAGAGAUUAGAGUCCAGGUUAGAGCUUUUUAGCCGAAUUCAGCUCUUUUUUUUGUGCACCUGCUGUGUACAAACGUAUUGGGAUUUAUUUCGUUUCAUCUUUUUGCUAGCUGUUUUCAACUUUAAUUUUAAGUGGCCACUCACACCCCUGUUUCAUGAAAGGUGUGCGUGAUGAACGGUUUUAAGAGUUAGCCGAGGAUCAGUUAACUAUGCUUGCUCUUGUGACGGGUGUUCAUAUCCUCAGUAGGCACACACCUUUCAAACAGCAAAAAAAUAGUUACUGGCAUGUGAUGACAAAUGGACCAGUGAGAUUAGGUCAUGAAUAUGUAUGAGGUUUUGACAGGUACACCCACCUGUCAAAACCUUUUCUCACAUUGCAUCCUUUGAACUAUUUGCAAUAUUUGAUUUGGCAGUUAUUGUGAUGUCAUGAAUUUUGAAUAAUUCAUCAGCCUUCCACUUUAUUAUCUAGCAGAUAUUCUGUAUUUUCAGUUGUAUGUAGGUUGUAGAGAUAAGAAUGUUAUUUUUAGUAUAUUGGAAAAAUCCAAGGCGUAACCACACAAUUGCUGGAUAAUGUUCUGUCUUUUGCUUGGCUUUGACUUGAAAUUACACAAGUCUAUGGUAGUGGCUGCGGCUAUUCCCCAUAGAGUUGUUUGUAAUUUCCAGCCACAGCCAAGUAGUUGGAACAGGGCCUGACUCAGGAAUUGUUUUAAGCACAGAAAGUAGUUGCUUUGAGAAAUGGGUACCAGCCAAAACCAAAUGCAUAUGAUUUAUACUGGCUUCCUGACUGAAUUGUGCUCAGCACGUGAAUCUGGUAAGCAGAAAUGUUUGAAGAGCAGUUUCUCACCUCAGCAGAAUAAAAAAUAACCUCAAAAUAUGCAUGCAUGCAUACUUUGUUUUGCUUGACAAAGAGGGCGCCCUGUGUUUGAGUCAUCAGCUUUCAACGUGUUAGGCAGGUUUUGGGCUCAACAAACACCGGCAGAGAACCUGCAGGUGGACGUGGAUGGACACUGGCAUUUAGGCUGGUAACCCAUUCUUGCUAAAUAGAUGUUUUCUUUGCUUUGAAAUCGGCCAUAGUCCUCAGAACACCCAAAAGACCACCUCCUUUCUUAUUUGUCUGUGAUUGUAAACUUUUACUUCAUUGUUUUCCUAGAGUUAAUUUCUUACCCGUGUAAAUACUUUCCUAGGAGUUUGGCAGAGAAUGUUUGUUCAAAUACCUGUUUGUAUGGGUAGCAAUGAAAGAGAAACCAUUUUUCUGGCAAUGUGUUUUUAAGAGAUUUUUUGUAUGCCUUUUUUCCUUCAUGGAAUUGUAUGAGUGAAUUUUUUCACGAGAGGCAAAUUGUCUGAAUAAAAAUGCAAAUGAUAAAGGAGAUAUGAAUAUACUAUACACAUACUAUACACACACAGGAAUCAAGUUUUAGUUGGUAUUGAUUUAGAUGGAAUUCUUUUACUUGUACCAAUUAUGACCUUUUUCCUUUCAUCGAAUUGUCGCUGGACUGUAAAGACUUGUAUAAGUUUAAAUGAGAGACUAAGUGGGACUUCUUAUAAAAAAAAAGGAACCUUGGAAUCUUGAUAACCUUUUUUUUUCUUUAUUCUAAAAUCAAGCAAAUGAGAAUAGUUACCAAAGUCAGGAAAUGGGCCAAUGCGAGCAAGUUUCAUUCAUUCAUACUGCACAUUCCAGGGUCUGGUCGUUUAGCACCUUGACACCUGUGAAUACGAUCUUCAUUCUGAAUCAAAGUUAUGAUUUCAAGGGGAGCUGCACCACAGUUGCACUUGCGAAGAAUACAAUGGGACUAGAAAGAUUGGCCAGUUAAUCCUCAGCAUGGAUUUGUUAUGUUUUUAUUUCAAUUUUGCCCAUUCUGUUGAAAACCAAAACUGAAUACAUUAACCCUCCUAUGCUGAAG